GUGCCAGUUUGUACAAACUUGGGAAAACCAGUGGUUUGUGUUUGCACAGUCAAAGAGUCGUGGUUAGUCGAGAGGAAUGGGGGAGCUGAGCUGAGACGUCACCAAAUUCACCCACAGCGAUGAGUGACUGCGUUAUGUUUUUUUAAAGCUGUAAACUAAAUCAUGUGACGUUAAAGUUGACCUUCUUACCAAAUGUAUGGAAAUCGGCAUUUCAUUGGUGGAAAAUCUGUUUUAAAUCACACAGAACCGCGUGAGGCCAUCGUAGGCUGCGUUCACACUGUAAGCCGUUGUGCUCAAAUCUGAGUUAAUGCUCGGAUCUGAUGGUGUUUUUUUUUGUGGUUUGACUGAUUCCAGUGUGAACGGGUCCUGAAACCACCAGCCUGACGAACAUUGAUCCACAGUGACAUAAAAGUCCCGUUCAUACCGAUAUGAAUGCUCACACUGAGGUCACAUUGCAAAAUUAGACCUGUAGUUCUGCUUUCUACCACAAAUAGUAGCUCAGAUUAGAUGUGAUUCGUCACUUUGGGACUACUUUACGUCACAUUAAAAAAAAAAAAAAAAAAACAGAUGUUAACACCUUCCCCCAGCCUCCGCUCUGAGUGGGAGGGUGUGAAACCACUGCUCUCAUUUUCAAAUGUUAUCUGAUGGAGACUCAUCAUGUGCCAUGAGCAGUGAGCUGAACGUGCCCAUGGGUUCCCCGGCCCCGGGGGGCUCGGAGCGGGGUCCGGACUCCGGGGGGAUGGACUACAGGGACUGGGUGCGGCGCAGUUACCUGGAGCUGGUCAGCUCCAACCACCACUCCGUGCAGGCCCUGUCCUGGAGGAAACUCUACCUGAGCCGGGCCAAGCUGAAGGCCUCCAGCCGGACCUCCGCGCUGCUCUCUGGCUUCGCAAUGGUGGCCAUGGUGGAGGUGGAGCUGGAGACGCAGUACGACUACCCCCGGCCGCUCCUCAUCGCCUUCAGCGUGUGCACCACGGUGCUGGUGGCGGUGCACCUCUUCGCCCUGCUGAUCAGCACCUGCAUCCUGCCCAACGUGGAGGCCGUCAGCAACAUCCACAACCUCAACUCCGUCAGCGAGUCGCCCCACGAGCGCAUGCACUACUACAUCGAGCUGGCCUGGGGCUUCUCCACGGCCCUGGGCAUCCUGCUGUUUUUGGCCGAGGUGGUGCUCCUCUGCUGGAUCAAGUUCCUGCCCGUAGACUCCAGCGACAUCAAAAAGACCACCACGUGCAGCCCCGUAUCGGCCACCGCCGUGGUGAAGACCACGGCGCGCGGGCCGCAGAACAGCGGCUGGCAGGCUGCGCUGGCCUCCACCAUCAUCAUGGUUCCAGUGGGGGUGAUUUUUUUGGUGUUCACCGUCCACUUCUAUCGCUCUCUGGUGGGCCACAAGACAGAGCGCCACCACCAGGAGAUCGAGGAGCUGCACAAGAUAAAGAUACAGCUAGACGGCCACGAGAGAGGCCUCCAGACUGUGUGAGAACACGGCGGCGACUUUAAGGACUUGCCUUUUGUAUCCCGUAUUUAUCAAGCCCUCCUUCCUCCCCGCCGUUUGCUCUGGUCCUCGUCGAUGCAGCGAGCUCCUCGCACAGACUGCCGACACACGUCAGACUGCUAAUUUAUUCUGGGGGCAAAGUUGUGUUGUGGGACGCGGCUGUGUUUUAGAUCUCAUUGUGAUAUGCGUGGUAAAAAGGUUUACAGAAAAAGGGCUAUUAUGUUCUGUGUGUCGUAUUUGUUUUCAUGUUAGGGUUGGGUGACAUUAGCCGUCCAUUGUGGAUCUGGGUCCAUGCAAAACACCUGGAUUAACUGCAACAAAUCUCCUAUUGAAUCUGUUAUCUCUCCUGCCCGGAGCGUCAGCUAAUUAAUAACAGAGAAAGAAGAACCUCUCCACAGCGGUGAGUCCGCUCCGCAGGGCUGCAACCAGCCUUUAUUUUCAUUAUCCAUCAAUCUGUCGAUACUUUUCUUAAUUAACUGCUUGCUGUUUGGCCCAGAACACGGUGAAAAAUGUUGAUUAUUGCCCAAAGUGAACCCCCGACAGUGAGCUGAGAGGAAAUGUUGGAAUCUGCUAUGAUAAAAUUAGGGAGAGUUCCUUUUUAAAUCAAUGAGUUUUAUGUAUUAACUUCAAACGGGCUUUUUUUCCUUAAAAAAUGACUCAAAGCAAUGAAUCAGUUAUCAGAAUAGUUUAUGGACUCUGGUCAGUAAUGGGAAUCUCCCAGUUAAUUUUCUGUACUUGACUAUCAAUUUAAAGGGCCAGUGUGAAGGAUUUAGUGGCAUCUAGUGGUGAAGCUGCAGAUUGCAACUGAAUACCACUCGCCUUCCAAGGAAUUUAAACGGUUUAUUCUAAGUUAAUGAAAACACAAUUCUUAUAUUCAGGUGAUUAUACACUAAUGAAAACAUACCUGUGAAUAUUAUGUUUAAUUUCUGACAAUAGAUCCUCCUGAAUGUUCCACACUGCCCCUUUUUAAACUGAACGGUUUAAUAGUUGUGAAUCAGGACCUUGACGUGUGCCAAAGUUUUGUUUUUGUGCGUUUGAGCAACAUUUGAUGUCUUAUGGCGUUUAUCUCAGUGUUGUAGCCACUAACAGCUGUAGUGUUUCUGCUUUAUCUGCCAACAGAAGCUGAUC